AUUUGGCACCGAUGCUACCGAUAGAGGUCCGCUAUCACUCGUUAGCGUCGCCUCUCUUACGCUUUUCUCCGCUCUUUAUAACACGCAGAGCGCAUAAAUCCUGAUCGCGAACGGAAGGGAGCUAUGCGCGAUAGCCACAGCGAGUGUCCAACGGGCUGGUGCGGACGGUGUUUUCGAUAUGGGAAUGGUUCUAUUUUAGUUUUAAUUAUUUUUCCACCCCAUUCUUAUCCGAUAUGCCGAUGUUCGUGUUUGUGUGUGUGUGUGUGUGUGAGUGUGCGGGAAUUUGGCUGUUCCUACCUAUUUGCUUUCGGCAACGUUUAGCCGUAGUAACGGUAAUCAGGCAAUAAAUUACGAAUGUAACAAAAAACGAAGGGACGGACGGGACUACCAGUCCUAUUGAAGGCUCUCUGGUGCCGUACCCGAAGUGGAGCAAAAUCAGCGUCACCAAAUCGGUAGGAAUAAAGAAGAAUUUAUAAAUGUACGACAGGACUGAAAUCAAAGACGAUCAAACCAAAGCAAGAAGAAAUCGUGGCGGGUUUUCGAAACUAUAGCACCUCGGAAUUCUGUAAUGCACGCAAAUGUGCAUACAGAUCGGGCCGGGGGCGGCGGAGGAUCGUGGCGCCUGCCGCCAGAUGAAACGUUGCAGGUGGCCGAUCCGAAACAGAAGGAAGAGCAGGAUCUAUUUCCUGCCGAAGGACACAAUUGGAGAAGCAUUGUGUUUUCGCUGCUAGUGAUAGGAUUUGUCAUAACCGGUAUAAUAACGGCGAUAUAUCUGCUUGGCUAUGUUGACGAGCUGCUCUACUGGUCGGGCAGGCGUAUGAAGUUGGACGAGUUUCUGCAGAAAGAUAUAACGCCUCAGAGGCUACCGUCGGUGUGGAUCAACAAUCAGAAAUUUGUAUUCCAGGCGGAUGAUGGAGGCCUUGCUGUUUUCGACACUGCCACCAACAGUGUAGCCACGCUAGUAACAAAUCAUACUAUGAGACAAAUUAACGUUAAAGGCUACCACUGUUCUCAUGAUUUGAAGUAUGUUUUGUUUAAGCACAAUGUAAAGAAGCAUCAUAGGUUAUCUUUCACGGCUUUGUAUACUGUAUAUGACGUAUCGAAUGACCAUCAUAUGCCGGUACGAUUGAAAGAAUCCCCCAAGGUUCAACGGGCCCGCCUGCAGCAUGCCUCCUGGGCCGGCAAUACUACCGCCAUGAUAAUAGUGGCCGAGAACGAUAUAUACUUGAGACAAUCACCAUCAGACGAAGAGGUUUAUCGCUUAACUUUCACUGGAGAAGAGAACAGAGUCUAUAAUGGUGUACCUGACUGGUUAUAUCAAGAGGAGAUUUUUGAGUCUUUUAGUGCUUUAUGGACCUCAGUAGAUGGCACGCACCUCAUGUACGCCACGUUUAACGACUCGCGAGUUGGCAUGAUGACUUUUCCUUGGUUCACGUCAAACACCGUAAUUGCGGCCAGCGGCGAAGGCAACCGUGAGCUUUUCCCCGUGUCGAAAACUAUACGCUAUCCAACGCCGGGCUCGGUCAAUCCGGAAGUUUCGCUGUGGGUGAUGGAUAUAAGUAAUGUAAGCAAUAUACGAAAAUGGGAAGUAAUCCGUCCAGCUGCUCUCGAAGGACAAGAACACUAUCUUAUAUCAGCUAGCUGGGUAGGCAACCUGAACGAACACGUGUCGGUGGUAUGGAUGACCCGCUCGCAAAACAUUACGGUCGUUUCCUCCUGCUUCAGCCCUACGUGGAAGUGUGUCGAGCAUCAUACGGAGCGGGCGCCAGAAAACGAAUGGCUGGAUAUAUUACCUCAUCCGAUAUUCUCACCCGAUGGGGACAGCUUCCUGUUUAUGGCGGGCAUUCAGGAGACGGGAACGGAGCAUUUCACCCACAUCAAGCACAUCACAAUCACGCAACAGCGGAUGGCUGUGAUUUCCCACGGUCGCUAUGAGGUGAUCCGCAUACUUGCCUGGGACACGGUAAACCACCUGGUCUAUUAUUUGGGUACGCACGGGAAAAAGCCUGGCCAGCAGCAUCUAUACGUGGUGAAGGAUCCAGUCAGCGAAGAAGUGCGAAGAACGGAACCGACGUGCAUCACGUGUGAUCUUAGCGAUGUCCUUUGGGGUAGCCGUUACUACUACAGCAACUGUUCGUUCUUUGACGCAUUUGUCAGCUCACAGCCGUACGUUUCGCAACACAUCGGGAUAUCGUACUACAUUCUCGAAUGUAAAGGUCCCGGUCUUCCAUUGGCUGUGGUACAUGCCGCUCAUAAUCACAAACUGAUGCGGGUCCUGUACGACACGAGACCGUUCUACGCGAGCAAACUUCAGGAGCUGGCGCUGCCGUCGCAACGCUCCUUUGAGAUUCCGUUGCCGCAUGGGACGAGGGCAGCAGUACAGCUGCUACUACCUCCGAGCUGGCGUGAGGAGCUACGUGAUGCCGCUUUUCCAGUGCUGGUUGAGGUGAACGGUAAGCCCGGCUCGACGUCCGUGUCGGAAGAGUUUAAGAUCGACUGGGGUACGUACAUGUCCAGCCACAACGAUGUGGUGUACAUACGGUUGGAUGUGCGUGGUGCUCGAGGGCAAGGCAAACAAGCGCUGUACCGUCAUCUGGGAGGUGUUGAGGUGCAGGAUCAAAUUGCAGUGUUGCGAUACCUCCUGGACACACUCAAAUUCCUCGACGAAACCCGCGUUGGGGUGUGGGGCUGGGGCUACGGUGGCUACGUCACAGCCAUGAUUCUCGGUUCACAGCAGCAUGUCUUCAAAUGCGGUAUCUCGGUAUCGCCCGUUACUGACUGGCUGUACUAUAAUUCCAUCUUUACCGAGCGCAUCCUUGGAGUGCCGGCCGAAAACUAUAAAGCGUACGUCGAGGCGGACGCAACGCAAAAGGGACGCCAGAUACCGUCUUAUUCGUACUUCUUGAUACACGGCCUAGCCGACGUAACUGCACCGUACCAGCACGGUAUCCAGCUCGCUCGUUCCCUGUCCGAGUCCGGGACGAUAUUCCGAUACUUGAGCUACGCCGACGAGGGUCACGAUCUUACGGGUGUGAUCGAGCAUGUGUACCGGUCGAUGGAGGAUUUCUUGCGGAACUGUCUAUCGCUCGAUUCCGACGAAGACAAACCAACGGAAGCGAAUGUACCGCAUGAGUAAGGAAAAGCAACCACACAACCACACGAAAAGAUGUGCGAUUCAACAGUACUGUUGUGCAAAUUGUUUUACCGUUUUUCGUCAAGGAGGUAGCGAACAAAUAUUGUUGUGUUCUUGUUAUACAAUUUUGUUUGUUUUCGCUAGCUCGUAUUACGCAAACUUAAUUGCUGCUGCGACUUCGAUUGCUGUGUUUUGCUCUCACCACAUAAUAGAUGGACGUACGGUAACUGAUAGGUUCUAAAGACAAAUAGACAUAUCAGAGAAAUAUGGUAACAUAAUAACCACGGCAGAGCAGCAACAUAAACGCAAAAUCACGGUACGACCGCUACAACAGACCGGAUCAGAGUACACCCAUUACAAGUAUGGCGACCAUACAAAACAAACAGCCCAUGUAUAUGUCGUCGCGAAACGCACUGUUUUAUAAUUGCAUGGAAAGUGGGGAAUUAAAUAUGCCUGCUGCACUUCCGAACAUCUAUUACAAAGCAUAUACAGAGCCAGACAAUGAUGAGAGGAUAACGUAUACACACUUCAAGGAGCUUUCUAAAGACAAUGGAAAAGAACGCAAAUGCGUAUUGAGGAAAAAAACAAUCAAAAAAGACACAAGACAAAUUGCGACGAAAAGAUACAGAGAUAAAAAGAAAGAUGGAGAGAGUGAGAAAAUGAGAGAGAAAGAGAGAGAGAAAGAGAGAGAGAGAGAGAGAGAAAGUGAAAGAAAGAAAGAAAAAAGGAUAGGACAAAUGAACGUACAGAAUUAAUUAAAGUCAUCCAAUGGCAAACUGGGUAUAUGCAGGAAAAUUAUAAAGAAGAAGAAUAGUUUAAAUAACGCGAACAAGGAAUUUAAUAGCAAAGCAGUCAAACAAGCAAAACAAAAUCAAAUGAAUUGAUUAACGAAAACAGAAACAGUCCUACUUACAAUAACGAAACUGAUGAGUGAGUUUUUUCGUCUCCUUUAACGUCUAUUUAAGUGUAAUUGUAGCAAAUCAAAACAAUGAAAUCGAAAACUUAAACAGCGAAUCAAAACACAAAACAAACCCGAAAUGGCACCACCAACGUAUGCAAAAGCAGCAAAGCAAAAACCGCUAACGCAAACAAUACAACAGAAACACUUAACUUUACAUAGCUGAAACUGUGCAACCGCAAACUGUGUCUACGUCACGUGAAACUAGGAUUUAGUUACGUUAUUAUCGCUAGGUAAAAGUAAACUAAGCGUAAAGCUGUGCAAAGUUAUUGUUUAGCGAAGAAGUAAGCGAACCGGUACACUCACUAGCAAAUCAAUACACACCCGAAGGUACACAGAGAGAGAGAGAGAGAGAGAGAGAGAGAGAGAGAGAGAAAGAGAGAGAGA